AUGACUGAACAGAACGACGUUGCCCCUCCUUCGCUUCCCCAUCUGCCUCCGGCUCCCACGGAUGAUUAUGCCUUCCCUGAACUCCGCCUGAAGCAGAAAAUGGAUGACCCGGAGAAGACGCCGUUGUUACUCGUGGCUUGUGGUUCCUUCUCCCCAAUUACCUACCUUCACCUACGCAUGUUCGAAAUGGCGGCGGAUUACGUCAAAUUUAGUACCGAGUUCGAGAUAGUUGGCGGAUACUUGUCUCCGGUGUCGGACGCUUACCGGAAGGCUGGUUUGGCGAGUGCACAGCAUCGAGUGGCUAUGUGCCAGCUUGCGGUAGACCGGACAUCUGACUGGCUGAUGGUUGACACAUGGGAGCCGAUGCAGAAGAAUUAUCAGCCCACCGCCGUUGUGCUAGACCAUUUUGACUAUGAGAUUAACACGGUGCGGCAAGGGGUUGGCGCUAGAAACGGCUCACGGAAGCAAGUGCGCAUUGCCCUGCUGGCUGGGGCGGAUUUGAUCCACACCAUGUCCACUCCUGGUGUGUGGAGCCAGGAAGACUUAGAUCAUAUUCUCGGAAAAUACGGCUCUUUCAUCGUCGAACGCAGUGGAACAGAUAUCGAUGAAGCACUUGCUGCAUUGCAGCCUUGGAAGAAGAACAUCCAUGUUAUCCAACAACUCAUUCAGAAUGAUGUCAACAGUACCAAGAUCCGCCUUUUCUUGAGGCGUAAGAUGAGCGUUCGCUAUUUGAUCCCUGUGCCUGUCAUCCACUACAUUGAACAACAUGAUCUAUACAUGGAUAACAGCACAACAGCGGCUUCUACGACUAACAAAGGGAAAGGGCGUCAGGAGCCUGGCCAGUCAGGCUGA